CGAUUCAUGAAAUGCGAGUGGACGUGAUUUUUUUUUAGAAAGAUUUAGGAAUAUUGAAUACACAAUGGUACUCGAAAAAAGAGUGGAUUCUUCGAAGGAAAAUCAGAUGCAGGAUGGGGGGAUGAUAACGAAAGAGCCGAAAAUGUAUUCCUUAGAGAUUUUAAAGAUAAUCAAGGAAGCGCAGCAGCAACAUGGGUUGAGACACGGUGAUUAUCAGCGAUAUCGGGGUUACUGCUCGAGAAGACUUAGAAGAUUGCGAAAAGUAUUGAAAGUACCGCAAGGUGAUAGACGUCAUUUCAAGAGGAAAGACGUCACUCCGAUCAUGGUCAGCGAGGACAAAUUCUUGCAAGUGCCUUUAAUAAUGGCCGAACGUGCUUGGAGCUAUGCAAUGCAACUACGCCAAGAGUCCAACACGGAGCCAAGAAAAAAAUUUCAUCUGGUAUCGAGGCUGAAGAAGGCAGCUACGUAUUCUAUACAAUUGCAAGAGUUGAUAGAGAAUAUAAAUUGCGAUGCACGUACAAAGCUGGAAGCUCAAGCGUAUGUGGCUUGGAUGAAUGGUUCCCUUCAGUUUGAAUUGCAACUGUGGAAACAAGCUAUGGAGAAUUUGCAGAAAGCGCAGGUGGUAUAUGGUAACCUGGUGUCCGCGCUGCCGGAAUUGGAACAAAUCGUGUACAAGGCGCGUGUCGAGGAAUUGGCACCCAGUCUCAGAUAUUGCGCAUACAACAUUGGAGACACCACCGCUAUGGACGAUCUCAUACAGAUGCGUGCGCAAUUGAGUGGCGAACUAAUGUCCAAUUUAGAUUCUCUAAUAGCUCAGACGCGUGAGAAGCAAGCCAAUAUCGAGGAAGUAACAUGGCGCGGAAAAUCUUGCGGUACCGUGCCACCGAGAGCGGCUGGUUUGAUUAUCGCGGAUUCGAGAUUAAAUCAAGCUCUGGAGAAGGCCUCCACAAAUCAAGCGAAGAUUGAUUUGCUGGAGGCGCAUCUGAUAGAUUGCAAAGACGCUCUGUCAGUGGUGCGCGAUCAUUUCAAGAACGAAUUGAAAAACAAGGAAAACGACAAGUGGUCGGCGCCGCAGCAUUUGAUAAAUUAUUUGCAGUAUAUUCGAUUAUCUCGCACGUUAGAGCGCAAUUUGGCGUUGGUAAAAGCGGCCGAAGAAUCGGAGAAAGCUAAGCCGCAAGACAUAGUGCGUCUAUAUGAAGCGGCCUUAUAUAAUGUCGUAGAGAUAUCUCAGUUGCAAGACGAUGCAGAAUUUGUGGAGGAACAAGAAGCAAAAACGAAAGGCUAUAGGGCUUUUAGGUGUUUCUAUGUAGCCCAAAGUCUUACAAAUCAGCAUCGUUGGCGUGAAGCUAUGGCCAUGUAUCAGAGAUCAUUGCAGCAUGUUAAAGAUGCAUUUAAAUAUGACAACAUUCUUCCAGCCACACUGAAGGAAGCCUUACGCAAACUGGAAACUUCCGUAGAAGCUGCCCAAUAUUCGGCUCAUGCUCAUAGUGUUCUGGAGGAUGGUCAGGAAGAGGAAGGUGGAAUCAGUAAACUUGCCAAGAGCAAAAAACCACUGUAUGAACGUUUACACGAAUACAGGGAGGAUCCUGCGCUUCUCACGAAACAACCGAAUGUCUAUAAAUUACCACCGCCGAUGCGCAACAUUCCUUGCAAGCCUCUGUUCUUCGAUCUGGCCUUCUUCAUGGUCGAAUUCCCAGAAUUGACACACAAAAUGGGUGAUCAAGCUAAGAAAGGACAGGCAGGUCUCACUGGCUUUGUCAAGGGUCUCUGGGGUUGGGGAAACAAAUAAAUAUUCUCUGCAUAGUUCUAUAUGCUCAAUAUAUAUAAGAACU